AAAAAAUCAUGCCGUCACAUGUGACACUGUGUAAAAAAAAUGCGGAGGAAAACAUCAUCAUGUCGGAGGUAUUACUAUUGCCUUUCGAUCGUGGAGACCAAUGUGUUCCACUAUGUGAACCGGUAGACCAACAUCCUUGUAUGGAAUCCCCUCGGCAACAAUUCUCGUCGCCGUCUGACAGUACAACGGCAGGGGACCGUUUGAAUAGAGAACCACUUUGACAAGGUCAUUGGAGCAAAUGAAGUGAAUCGUCUCCCCGCAUCGAUUCACAGCGUCUAGGUGCACUCCAGCUGCAAUGAGAGGAGAAACUAGUUCCCGAGUGUCGCGCGAGUCUUCCGUCUCGUUCUUGUUUGCGAGAUCGAUUGCCAAGUGGAUCGGUCGAAUGCCGUUCUCGUCUGGCAUAUUUAUGGCUUCGUCUGCACCCCACUGGAGGAGGGCAUUAAUUAGAUUAGUCAAGUCUGGGUAUUUAUCGAGUAGUUUUUCGUCUUCUUCCAAUAUGGGCAUAUUCAAGAGUAAGAGAUGCAGGAGCGACGAUCCUUUUGCCGUGUUCAAGUGUCUCUCUACAAAUUGCCGGCCGUAUCUGUUGCAGGAUACUGAGGCGUAAGUGUCAUCCGCUCGCUCUUCGUGGUCGUCCCGGUUAUCAUAAUAAACCCAGGAGGCAAAAAUGUAGAUGAGUAUUGCAAGAAUCGACAGCGUGUCGAUAAACGGUGCCGUCUCGGAUUUCUCCUUGAGGCACUGCAGAAUCUCCAACUCCUUGAAACCAAACUCGACGUAUUUUUCAAAGUUGGGGCGGUAAUCUUCGUGGACCAUGUGCCAUAUGCCACAGGCGUACUGCGACAGAUCUUUCUCCAAGUCUCUCUGUAGUCCCUCCGAGUGACCGAAUCUAGAGUUGCCAAUCUCCACUUCGCACACUCGGACUUCCAUGUCCAUGGCGCGGAACCACAGCCGCUCGGCUUCCUGAAACUGGUUGUGAUUUACGAACCAAAGCCCCCGGCGAAUCAGGAAGUAGAUGAGUCCCUGGUCGCCGUAGCCCAUGCAGCGCUCGCGGAUUAUGAGGCUCUGGAAGUAAGCCUCGUGCCGGGAAAAAUUUGGUUCCUGCGCGAGCGUGUGCAGCUCCUCAAGGUCUCUCAUUUCAGCCCUGCACCCGUAGUUUUCGUUGGGCGGGAUGAACUGAACUUCGAGUUUUGAUUCCUCGCGAAUUGUGAGGCUUUUCGUCCACAUUUCUCGUGAGGUCAUGGUGAGCCCGCGGGGACUGAUUUCGCAUCUCGUGGCACCGAGCAAGAGAUAGGCAUCCGACUUGCACGCCGCUGGGCACUCCUUGUGCUGUAUGAGCUCUUCGACCAUUUUUCUCUGGCCGGUAGAGGCCGCGAGAAAGAGUGGACAAGGGAUGUAGUCACUGUUGAACGGCUGCGCAGGCAGAAACAGCGGCGAUAUCCCCGCACCGAGCAAAAACUUCACGAUGUCGACGCGUCCUUUCGUCGCGGCUAGAUGAACGACCGAGUACCCGUUGAUGGUUUUCUGGUGAAUAUCAGCGCCUUUGCUGACGAGGAAUUGGAGGGCUUCGAGCUGUCCGCGCAUGGCCGCGAUGCAGAGCGGGCUCUGACCGAUGCAGUUCGGUGUGUUUAUAUCGGCUCCGCGGCUCAGCAGGUACUCCAUGACCUUGAUAUGACCGUGGAACGAGGCGCCGCGUAGCGGAGUCGACUGCGUCAAUGUCGGCUUAUUGACGUCGGCUCCCUGCGAGACUAGAUACUCGACUAUUUCCAGGUGACCUCCAGUGCUGGCUGCCCAGAGUGCCGUGGCGCAGUGGACCUUCUUCUUGGUCGUGAGAGAGACGAUUGUCGCCGCCUGGUUUACGUCCAAUCUGCCUCCGUACCGCUCACAGAAGUACUGUACCACCUUCUUCUUGCCGUACUGGGCCGCCACCACGAGCGGAACUGGCUUCUGGUGGCUGGGGUCUCGGCAGAACGUCCGUCUCCCCACCACUCGGGUCCCCAAACACAACUCCAACGCCCUGUCCACCAACUUUGAUAUUUCGUCGACUUUUCCUUCCUUCGCCAGCGUGCAGAGAGCGUCGAAGUCUCCGUUUGACAACUCUAGUUCUGUCGGCUGGUCGACUGACGCUCCCUCGGCCAUGAUCCCGCCGCAAAACCUGACACCUUCCUCUCCUCCUCCCUUGUUUCUUCUCUUGUGGGCGUGUUUUUAUGCUUACUCGUAAUCACGUGACCCUCACGCGGACCCGAGAAAGCUAGCUCUAUACUGGAGAUUCAAGUGUCUCUGAGCUUUUUGGGCUCUUCUGGCGACCCUAAAGGAGCGAGGUAUGCCAGUUGCGUGUUUGUCAUACGUCCAGAGGUGCACGAGCGGUCGCGUACAUUGAUAGUUACAAGAAAAAUAGCUGGACGGUGCACUGACUGAAGCUGUCACAUCUGCUGAUCGAGCCUUCACGACAUCAUCUGGACAAAACGGGACUCCCUCUCUCUCUGUCUCUCUCUCUCUUCCUGAUCUGUGCAGUGUUUGCUGAGGAGGAGCAGUAAGGGAGAAGCUCCAGAAUAUGGCGAUCUCACCGUACCACAUAUCGUCUCUUUUGGACAAGAUGAAUUCUGUGGACAAGGACUUCCGUUUCAUGGCCACGAAUGACCUCAUGACUGAGCUGCAGAAAGACUCGAUAAAGCUGGACGACGACAGCGAGAGGAAGGUGGUACAGGGUGUCCUCAAAUUGGUGGAGGACAAGAACGGAGAGGUUCAGAACCUGGCCGUGAAGUGCCUUGGCCCGCUAGUUCGGAAAGUGAAGGACAGUCAGACAGAGGUCAUCAUUAACUCUCUCUCCACCAGCAUGUUUUCUGACGACGAAAGACUCAGAGAUAUUUCCAGCGUCGGUCUGAAGACGGUCAUAGCUGAAUUUUCAAAGACACCUCGCAAUGUUGUGGCCAACGCAUCGCGGAACAUCACCGGUCGCCUGGUGGAGGCCAUCACAAGACCUGACCUCAAUCAGUACGUGUUGCUAGAGACACUAGACAUUCUGAGCGACCUCAUCCGUUCCUAUGGCAACUCCCUCGCUCCGUUCCACGACCCUCUCGUCAAGGCACUAAUGCCCCUUCUUGUCGACCCGAAACCAGUGUCCGUCAGAAAGAGGGCCUACACCGUUCUCUGUUAUGUGAGUGGAUGUUGCCAGCAGUCACUGUUUGAGGCAGUUGUCUUCCAGCUCCAGAAGGGCCUUCAGACCCAGCCGCAGAGCCAGAUCAAUAUCAGGACUUACAUCCAUGCCAUUGGAGCCAUCAGUCGUCAGGCAGGCCAGAGAGUGGGCUCCUAUCUCCCCACAAUGUUCCCUCUCAUCAUGAGUUUCAUCACGUCUCCCGAGGGCGACGACGAACUAAAAGAAUCUGGUCUCCAAACCUUCGAGGCUCUUGUCGGCCGAUGCUUCAGGGAGGUCACUCCCUACAUUCCCCAGAUAGUUGAGGUGUCGCUAAAGAUGUUGUCACAUGAUCCAAACUACAACUACGACUCUGACGACGAAGAGGCCGUUGCCGACGACGACAUGGAUGCAGAAGACUACGAAGAGGAAGACGAUGAGUACAGUGAUGACGAUGACGUCAGUUGGAAAGUGAGGCGGGCAGCUGCAAAGUGUCUUGCAGCUGCUCUCGGCUCAAGACCCGAAAUGCUCACAGAUUUCUACAAGAACGUCUCCCCUCUUCUUAUAGCUAGGUUCAAAGAGCGUGAGGACACGGUGAAGGUGGACAUAUUUGCUGCGUACCAGGCGCUGCUUGCCUCGACCACUCCGUUCUCCAGGUCUCAGCUAUCUGACCUGGAGUCCAUGGAGGUCACUGAGAGCCCCCUCUCUCUCCUCCACGCCCAAGUCCCGAGCAUCGUAAAGUCCCUCCACAAGCAGAUGAGAGAUAAAUCGACGAAGACUCGGCAGAGCUGUUUCUCCCUCCUCACUUCCCUCAUGUCCGUCCUCCCCGGGGCACUGGACGAACACAUUGGAGCAAUAGUUCCCGGGAUACUGUACUCCCUCAAUGAUCAGACGUCGUCGUCGAAUAUGAAGAUCGACGCACUGAAUUUCUUGAGCGUAUUGCUGGGUCAGCAUUCUUCAAGUUCGCUCCACCCGCACAUUCAGGCCAUCGUGCCAGCAGUGGUGGUUGCCGUUGACGACAGUUUCUACAAGAUCAUGUCCGAGGCUCUACUUGUGUUGACCCUCAUCGUCAAGACAAUCAGACCUCUAGGUAUAAAUACUAGUUCGGGUUAG